GCUAUUAGCCCAUAGAAACACAUUGGAUAACAGAUUUAUACAUGGAAAAACAUAGGCCAAAAUGAGGUUUGUUUUGAUUUGUCUACCCUUAAGAUAUAAGAAAGAUCAGGCAACUUUUUAUUUUAUUACACACAUAUUUAACCCAUUUUUUUAGGCACUAAACUACUUCCAUAUAUACUGCCAUUAAUUGUUUUAACUGGUACCGGGAUACCUUCAGGCGAGUGUUGUGAGGCUUACGUCCUAAAUCAAAACAACAGAAACGUAUGAGUUCGUGUGAGACUCACCUUUCUCAUAACAGUGUGUAGCCCAAACACUUCGGAAGCUACAGACAGAAAUUGGCAGAUCGGCCGUAAAGUAAAAGGGUUUUUCUCCCAAUAGUUUUUGUCCCACCAGGAGUUGGCAUUGGCAAGAAAGCAGAAACAGACCCCCAGCCAGGGUAAAACAAUGCAUGAUCGAACAGGCUAUCUUGUCAGUAAAAAUAGAGUAACAUUGAACUAGCUCGCUCUAUUAAAAUAGAACAUGUUAAUGUCUUCCAUCCUCUGCGGCUGUGGCUCAAACAAGUCUUACCGCCAUCGUACGCUAGAGGUCUCAGUUACUAAAAGUAGUGAGGAAGACGUUACGUAAGCAUUGUAAACAGGAAGUAUUUUGGGGUAGUGGUGAAUUUAUGGGAGCUCUGUAUUUACAUUUUAAAGGUAAAAAGAUUGCAAGGAAAUUAAAUGUUGAAUUGAGUUGUUAUCUGUACGAACAUAACAACGGACAAUAUCACUUAAAUAGAAUAGUUAGCUAACUAAAUGCAUGCUACACGUUAGCAUGUAGCUAGCUAGCAAACGUUAGCUAGAUAGCUACGGGUCAUAAUAAUAUCAUGUUCUGCUACGUGAGGGAAAACGUCCUACCUAUAUGACUUGUAAGAAAAAAGUGUGUGUGUGUGUUUUGCUAGCUGCAGAGAUAUAUCUGUCAUCUGACUUGUUAUUCAAUUGAGUUGCCAAGAGACUGAUCAUCAUCAUGGGCAAGAGUUGUAAAGUGGUGGUGUGUGGUCUGACUGCCGUUGGCAAGACUGCUGUCCUGGAGCAACUGCUGUAUGCCAAUCACAUUGCAGGCUCAGAGCCCAUGGAGACCCUGGAGGAUAUCUAUAUUGGCUCCAUAGAAACGGACCGUGGCACUCGAGAGCAAGUGCGCUUCUACGACACCCGGGGUCUUCGUGAUGGUCUGGAGUUCCCUCGCCACUACUUCUCCUUUGCGGACGGUUUUGUCCUGGUCUACAGCAUCGACAGUACGGAGUCCUUCAAACGCAUGGAGGCCCUCAAGAAAGACAUUGACCGCUACCGUGAUAAGAAAGAGGUGAACAUAGUGGUGCUGGGCAACAAGCUGGACAUGCAGGAGCAGAGGAGAGUGGACUCGGAAGUGGCCCAGCACUGGGCCAAGACAGAAAAGGUGCGUCUGUGGGAGGUGUCUGUGGCAGACCGGAGGACCCUCAUCGAGCCUUUUGUCCACCUGGCCAGCAAGAUGACCCAGCCCCAGAGCAAAUCAUCCUUCCCCCUCAGCCGCAAUAAGAACAAGGGGAGUGGCUCUGUCGAUAGCUGAGGGAUUAGGGGGGAUGGAAGGGGGGAGGGAGUGAGGAUUGAUGAAGAAUGGGAAAGAGUAGGAGGGGAAACGCAAUAGACUGAUUGUUAGCUUAUCACAAAUACAGACAAUUUUAUGUCUGCACGAAUGUACACCGACUGAAUCAGAAACCAAUGGUUUCAUGGAGAUUUUGACUGAUAUUUAGACUCAUAUUUGACCAUUUAGACUGAUCUUUGACGACAAGUAAAUGUUGACAUCAAAAGUAACACAUGGAUAAUCAAGAGGGUUGUUUGUAUCAUGGAGGAUACAUAAGGGAUUAUAUUACUGGCAGUUAAUCAGGAGAUUUGUUACACUACUGGCAUGCCAUCUACUCAGAUGAAAUAUGGCAACUAUUUUAGCAUGGAUGAUCUGAAUUUUAUUUUAAGUUAGAGUACAUGAAACAAAUCCAUAUUUUGAAGAAUUAAAAAAACAUUCCUCUAUUUUAGCUAUGUCAGAAAUGUUACUGCCUUUUGAGAUCGCUUUGAGUUUUAAAAUGACAUUAUUGUCUAAAGAUUUGAAUUGUGGCUGACAGACUAGCAGUCUUAUGUGAUGUCUCUUGGUGAACAGGUUUGAAGAGUUUGAAGAGCUUCCUGCAUGCUGGACAGGCCAUGAAGAGCUCUUGACCACAGCCUAAGCAUGCUGAAUUAUCUGUACCUUAUCAGAAACUCCUUACUGUCCUUGAAAACCAUGGGGUAUCCUUGAUCUUUGUUACUGAGCUAUGUUGGUCAGACGAAAUGCAAAUGUAUUUCAUUUUCAAAUUAUUUAACUGACUGAAGCCAUUUAAUGCCAUGUCAGGGUCCAUAGUUAUUGCGCAACAUUUAAUGUGUGUGUCACUGAACAAGAAAGAUGCCUUGGCCUAGUUUGGAUGUUGUUUUUUGCUUAGUGACUAUUCACAGAUCUUUAUAUUUGUGUUAUGUUUUGACAUCGUUCAUCUCCGUCUUUAUGUCUGUAUUAUUGAAGUGCAUAUUUUCAUGAUAAAUAUUGGGGCAUUUAUACUCUGAUGCAAUAUACAGCACAGUAUUUAUCUUUUAAAAUGUUCUGGAGACUGGAUAAUCGUUUGCAUGUUGUGUAAACAAAUUAAAAGAUUCCCUCUGCAUCUAAA